AACCUAAAUCCGAUUGCCGAGGUACGCAGCCGUCGCUCCGGGCACUCCGCGAAAACGUUUAUAAAUAAAUUUUCUCCUAAUUUUUUACGUAAAAAACACGAAAAAUAUGUAAAAAUUACUAACUUUUGUUCAUUUUUUGUGUAUUUCUCAAAGAUAAUGUCGAUAAAUAGUGCUGUUUUGAGUGCUAGUGUUGUGUUUGGUGUAUCGAGGUGUUAAUCGACGUUUUUUUUUUCUGGUGAUUAUAAUGUCUUGUUUGUGAAAAUGCGGAGCGAGUGAUGGUGAUUAUAAUACUGGAUUUGCUGUGAGCGUGGAUUUUUUGUACAUUUAGGUAAAAAUGUCAACGGAACAGCCCCAAACCACUGGGGCUACGACCCCCGGAGCCGAUAGCGUGGUAGACCCGAGCAUAGCAGCCCCAACCCCGGCUCCCCGCAAGCCGGCGAGGCCGCGGGGCAAGCCACAGCCUGAGAAACCUAAACGAAGUCUGUUCUGCUUAGGACUUAAGAAUCCCUUGAGGAAGUUGUGCUAUGAUAUUGUUGAGUGGAAACCAUUUGAAUACAUGAUAUUGACGACGAUUUUUGCAAAUUGUAUAGCUUUAGCAGUUUUCACACCGUAUCCGUGCAGUGAUACUAAUAAUACUAAUCAAAUAUUGGAAAAAGUAGAAUGGAUAUUCAUGGUGAUAUUCACCGGGGAGUGCGUGAUGAAGAUCAUCGCAUACGGCUUUCUGUUCCACCCGGGAGCGUAUCUCAGGAACACCUGGAACAGUUUGGAUUUCACCAUCGUAACUAUUGGUAUAGCGAGUAUGAUCCUGCAAUAUAUUUCAAAAGACUCAUUUGACGUGAAGGCUUUAAGAGCUUUCCGAGUGUUGAGGCCUCUUCGACUGGUCUCUGGUGUGCCAAGUCUCCAAAUUGUGUUAAAUUCCAUAUUGAAAGCAAUGGUGCCGUUGUUCCACAUCGCUUUCUUAGUCCUGUUCGUGAUCAUCAUCUACGCUAUCAUCGGCUUGGAGCUGUUCUCUGGCAUCUUGCAUGAAACUUGCUUCAAGAACGGGACUAAAGAUGAGCUCAUAGACGACCCAAGCCCCUGCAACAGUGAGCCCGGUGACUUCGGCUACAAGUGUCCUGAGAACUACGUCUGCCGCGGCGACUGGCCUGGAAUCAACUACGGCAUCACCAACUUCGAUAACAUCGGUUAUGCUAUGCUGACCGUCUUCCAGUGUAUCACUCUUGAAGGAUGGACUGAUAUUAUGUAUGCUAUAGCCAACGUUAAAGGCAACACGUGGCCGUGGAUCUACUUCGUGACGCUGGUCAUCUUUGGUAACUUCUUCGUCAUGAACCUCAUUCUUGGUGUGUUGUCUGGAGAAUUCUCUAAAGAAAGAGAAAAAGCGAAAAAUCGAGGUGAUUUCCAAAAGUCCCGUGAAAGACAGCAGUUUGAAGAAGAUUUGAAAGGAUACCUGAAUUGGAUCACAGUAGCCGAAGAAUUGGACCUUGAGAAUGAUCAGGGACAGAAAGAAGAUGAUACGGACUCACAAGGCAAAAAAGACAGAAAAAGCAACGAAGGAUCUCAAAGCAAUAUAAAUACAAGUACUGAACAAGGGCACGGGUCUACCUGCAAGAUUUAUUGUAGGAGGUUCGACAAGGUGAAUCGACGUUUAAGAAGACAAUGCAGAAAGGCGGUGAAAUCUCAGACGUUCUACUGGGCUAUCAUUGUACUAGUAUUCCUGAACACGUUGGUGUUAGCUACUGAACAUCAUGACCAACCACACUGGUUAGACCACUUCCAGAACUAUGCGAACUAUUUCUUCGUCGUGCUAUUUACCAUGGAGAUGUUGGUCAAGAUGUACGCACUGGGCUUGCAAGGCUACUUCGUCUCCCUGUUCAACCGUUUCGACUGCUUUGUGAUGUUCUGUUCCAUCGUGGAGCUGGCGCUGACCAUCACGGAUACCAUUCCUCAGCUCGGUAUAUCUGUGUUGCGGUGUGUUCGACUGCUCAGGGUCUUUAAGGUUACCAAGUACUGGCGUUCCCUCUCAAACUUGGUAGCAUCUCUUCUGAACUCGAUCCAGUCCAUUUUCUCUUUACUUCUGCUUCUCUUCUUGUUCAUCAUGAUCUUCGCGCUGCUGGGCAUGCAAGUCUUCGGAGGGAGAUUUGAUUACGAGCCUGAGGAGGAGAAAGAGAGACACAACUUUGACUCUUUCUGGCAAGCUGUGCUGACUAUGUUCCAGAUAUUAACUGGUGAAGAUUGGAACGCUGUGAUGUAUCACGGUAUCAACGCGUACGGUGGUGUCGGCACGGCCGGGAUGCUGGCCUCUAUUUACUUCAUCGUCAUCUUCAUCUGCGGUAACUAUAUUCUGCUGAACGUGUUCUUGGCUAUCGCUGUCGACAAUCUGGGAGACGCUGAAGAGAUGGAUGAAAUACAAAAGGAGAAAGACGAAGCUGAAAAUCCAGAAGCAGGUAAUCCUCAACUGGAUGAGGAGAGAGGCGAGACUGAUGAUGAAUACGUUAACGAAGAAGAAGGAUAUUCUAGUGAAGGCCGGCCUUACAAGAAAUAUAAAAGGGUACCCAGGUCAGACCACGAAUAUGAAGAGACAGGUUCAGAAGAAGACGUGGAAGAGCAGGAACAAGAAACGAGAGACGAAGCCAACGACACACUUGUAGGAAUUGAGAAGAAACAAAAUGGAGAUAUAAAAAAAGAUGAUUCACCAAAGCGUCAGCUAGCCGCGACUUCAGCUCGACCCAGGAGGCUGUCUGACGUGGAAAUGAAGAACGAGGACAAACCGAUUCCCGAAGCCAGCAGUUUCUUCAUCUUCUCUAAUACUAACUGGUUCCGAGUGACGUGCUACAAAAUCCAGAAGAACUCGUGGUUCAAGAAUUUGAUUCUGCUGUGUAUUCUUGCGUCGUCACUCAUGUUGGCAAUGGAAGAUCCUGUAGGAUCGAAAGACAGUGAGACUCAGACUGAGAUUCUACGUAAAAUAGACUACUUUUUCACCGCCGUGUUUACGUUGGAGCUGAUCUUGAAGGUCAUCACAUACGGCUUCAUCUUACACAAGGAUGCAUUCUGUAGAUCUGCAUUCAAUUUGCUAGAUUUACUCGUCGUCAUUGUGUCUUUGAUUUCUUUGGAUGGGUCCAAAAACACUGUGAACUUCAUUAAGAUUUUGAGAGUGUUUCGAGUUUUGAGGCCUUUAAGAGCAAUCAACAGAGCCAAAGGAUUAAAGCACGUAGUACAAUGUGUGAUCGUCGCUAUUAAGACGAUUGGCAACAUUUUGUUGGUGACAAAUCUUCUACAGUUCAUGUUUGCUGUCAUGGGAGUGCAAAUGUUCAAGGGUAAAUUCUAUAGAUGUACAGAUAUCACCAAAGUUACGGAAGAGGAAUGCGCGGGCACAUACUUAAUUUACAAGAAUGGCAAGCUUGUGAUAGAGGAACGGUUUUGGAUUCGAAAUAAGUUCAAUUUCGAUGAUGUGCUCAACGGAAUGCUGACUCUCUUCACUGUCUCCACCUUUGAAGGAUGGCCAGGAUUGCUGUCAACAUCUAUGGAUUCUAACGAGGAGCGCCACGGACCCAUAGAGAACUCCAGACCUCUGGUCGCCUUCUUCUACAUCAGCUACAUUAUUGUUAUAGCGUUCUUCAUGGUGAACAUCUUCGUAGGUUUCGUCAUAGUAACAUUCCAGAAGGAGGGAGAACAGGAGUUCAAGGACUGCGAGCUGGACAAGAACCAGAGGAAUUGCAUAGAAUUCGCGUUAAAGGCUAAACCUGUUAGACGAUACAUCCCAAAACACAGGAUCCAGUACAAGACCUGGUGGUUUGUGACGUCACAGCGGUUUGAAUACUGCAUCUUCUUCUUCAUCGUGCUGAACACGGUGGCGCUCAUGAUGAAGUUCCAUGGAGCAUCGCAGGAUUAUAAGAAGGGUCUGGAUUUCGUAAACAUGGUGCUGACAACAGUUUUCAUGCUUGAAUUUGUGUUCAAGUUAGCUGCAUUUCGAUUUAAGAAUUAUUUCGGAGACGCGUGGAAUACAACAGAUUUCAUAUUAGUAGUUGGUAGUAUUAUAGACAUAGUCGUUACUCAAGUGAAUGAAAACAAGAAACCGGUUGUGUUUGGGCACGUCACCAAAGCUAAUAAAGAUGGCUCAAACUUGCUCAAAUACAUAACAUUCUUCCGUCUCUUCCGAGCCAUGCGUCUGAUCAAGCUGCUGUCCCGAGGAGAGCGCAUCAGGACUCUUCUAUGGACCUUCAUCAAGUCUUUCCAAGCGCUGCCUUAUGUAGCUCUGUUGAUUGUUCUACUGUUCUUUAUUUAUGCUGUCGUUGGUAUGCAGCUCUUCGGUAAAGUGUUUCCAGACGAUGAUGUAAUUAGCAGCAACAAUAACUUCAAGACAUUUGGAGGAGCUCUCAUGGUGCUAUUCAGAUCUGCUACAGGAGAAGCAUGGCAAGACAUAAUGAUGGCGUUAUCGCCGAACAUAGACGAGCGUCCAGGGGCACCCCUGCACUGCAUGAAGCCGGACCGCUAUGACAAAGAUGCCCAGCCUGACCUAAACACCGACUGCGGAAACUGGAUGGCCUUCCCUUAUUUUAUCUCGUUCUCGCUGCUUUGUACUUUUUUGAUCAUCAACUUGUUCGUCGCCGUCAUCAUGGAUAACUUCGACUACUUGACCAGAGAUUGGUCCAUUUUGGGACCUCAUCAUCUUGAUGAAUUCGUUAGAUUAUGGAGUGAAUAUGACCCUGAUGCGAAGGGAAGAAUCAAGCACUUAGACGUUGUCACAUUGUUAAGGAAAAUUAGUCCACCUUUAGGUUUCGGCAAGCUCUGUCCUCACCGGACUGCAUGCAAACGUCUAGUGUCUAUGAACAUGCCGUUGAACUCUGACGGCACUGUCAACUUCAACGCUACACUCUUUGCCGUGGUUAGAACACAGCUGCAGAUUAAGACUACAGGUGUUAUCGAUGAAUGCAACACUGAACUACGAGCAAUAAUCAAAAAGGUUUGGAAACGAACGUCACCGAAGCUUCUAGAUCAAGUGGUACCUCCACCAGGGGAUCCUAAUGAGAUCACCGUUGGAAAGUUCUACGCUACAUUCCUUAUUCAGGACUAUUUCAGAAGAUUCAGAAAGCGCAAGGAGCAGGCUGCUGCUGCAUCUCUUCAGAACAACCAGAUGACGUUACAAGCUGGAUUGAGGACCUUACAUGAAGCUGGACCGGAGUUGAAGAGAGCUAUAUCUGGGAACUUGGAUGAAUGCGUCGGAGAAGUUGUUGAGCCUAUGCAUAGGCGUAACCACACACUAUUCGGCGCAGUAUGGACGAGUAUCAAGAAGCAUGGCCGCGAGAGUUUCUACGGGAGGGACCGACGCACUGCCAUGCAAAAUAUGUCACCCAAUCAGAAUGGUGUUGACAAAGAUGGUCAGUCACUGAGCACUAUGAUGAGGAGAGAGCUGGGCAUGGAUGGCCAGAUUCCUGAAGAGGAAAUUAAACACGAAGACGGCAAUCAAAGCGACGAAGAAAUCGCGAUGCAGCCUCUCCUUCACGGCAAGGACUCGGAAAAGAUAUUCAAAGCUAUAGAAAAAACGUCCAACGAUUUAAUGCAGACUAUGAGAAAGAACUAUCGUGACAAAAAGACGAGACCCCCCAACAACGUGCCUUAUUGCAUAGAGAAUCCAGCGGAGAAUCUUAUUACUCGAGUACUGACGGAGCAGGGGCUCGGCAAGUACUGUGACAAGGACUUCAUUCAGAGCACCUCGCGCGAGAUGCAGGAGGCGCUCGACCUUACCCAGGAGGAAAUGGAUACCGCUGCCAAUCAGAUAAUUUUACAAGAGAGAAGGAUGGAAUCUGCCCAGCGCAGGCCGAACGAUGUGGAAAGCAUAUUGUCAAGGCAAUACCAUCCGUUCCACCAGCCUCCGAUGCAGCCCCCGCCGAGAAAAAAAUAAUCUUCACGACAAUCUUUGUUGGAUUAGUUGUACCCUUUCGGUUGACACCGUCAGGGUUUGUUGCCCAACCUGGGCUUUCAGUCCCACCCUGGGCUAGGAGAACAAAAAACUGAUUUUUCGACGAAUAUUUUGUAAAUAAAGGUAGCUUUUGGCUUAAAGGUCCCAUGUGUUUUUCUAAGACCCCUAUGGGGUCAAAAAUUUUUGUGGUUAGGAGUGAAUUUUUAAAUGGAAAAUUUUAAUAUGUAUACUGAUGUUGUAAUCAUGGCUAUGUGCCUUAUUUAUAAUGGGUAGACGGAGAAAUUGUGCCAAAAAUUUUAAUCGCCUUAAAUAUAAAUAUUGCUAUUUUUUCUGCUAUAAAUUAAUUUAUUGAUAAAGUAUAUAAACAUGUUUAAAUGGAAUUAUAAUGUAAAGUUGUAUGGGUAUUAUUUUGAGUAAAUUCUAGUCAUAAAUGCUUGCUUAAGUUUUAACGUGAAUGUUUAUUUAGUAUGAAAAAUAUUUUAAAUGAUGUAUUUUGUAUGGAAAUAUACCUGUUAUUGUGAAUAAAUUGUUGGAAUGGAUUUUGAA